AUGAACAACAAUGCAGGAUUUCAACAGGUUAACUUUUUACACUUGCAAGCUGAAGACUUUUCACAAAAGCUUGAUUUUCAGGAAUUUGAAUCCAUCGAGACCGGCCAACAGUUCACAUGGGAGAAUAGCAGCGCUGAAAUGAAUAAGCAUAAAAACCGCUACGCUAAUGUGGUUGCGUACGACCAUUCGCGGGUUGUACUCUCUUCAUUAGAUGGCAUACCAGGGACUGACUAUAUAAACGCCAACUACAUCGAUGGAUAUGAUAAACCUAAAGCCUAUAUAGCGACGCAAGGUCCACUGCCAGAAACAUUUGGUGACUUCUGGCGAAUGGUUUGGGAAGAGGGAUCAUCAACUAUAGUUAUGCUAACCAACCUGGAAGAACGGUCUCGAGUGAAAUGUGAUCAGUACUGGCCAUCAAGAGGAAGUUCCACAUACGGAGAGAUUGAGGUGAGCUUGUCAUUCAAUUUUAAAGAUGACCGCACAAGUUUGGGUACUGCACUUCUUGACAGAUUUGGGCUUUGACU